GGGGGUCCCUGGCUGGAUCCCCGUCUGCCUUUGCCGGGGUCUGGUUUCGGCCCCAGCCUCGGCCUGGCCCCCUCGGGGUGAGACGGCGGCGGCGUCCACCGUCUCCUCGCCGCCAUGCACGACGCCUUCGAGCCGGUGCCGAUUCUAGAAAAGCUGCCUUUGCAGAUCGACUGCCUUGCUGCCUGGGAGGAAUGGCUUCUUGUGGGAACCAAGCAAGGACACCUUCUUCUCUAUAGGAUUCGGAAGGAUGUUGUGCCGGCAGAUGUUGCAUCACCUGACAGCGGCAGUUGCAACAGGUUUGAAGUAACGCUGGAGAAAUCCAAUAAAAAUUUCUCCAAAAAGAUCCAGCAGAUCCAUGUGGUUUCCCAGUUCAAGAUUCUGGUCAGCUUGUUAGAAAAUAACAUUUAUGUCCAUGACCUGUUGACAUUCCAACAAAUCACUACGGUGUCAAAGGCAAAGGGGGCGUCCCUGUUCACCUGUGACCUCCAGCACACAGAGACUGGUGAGGAGGUGCUGCGGAUGUGUGUGGCAGUGAAGAAGAAGCUGCAGCUCUAUUUCUGGAAGGACAGAGAAUUUCAUGAGUUGCAGGGGGACUUUAGUGUACCAGAUGUGCCCAAGUCCAUGGCUUGGUGUGAACAUUCUAUCUGUGUGGGUUUCAAGAGAGACUACUACCUAAUACGGGUGGAUGGAAAGGGCUCCACCAAAGAGCUCUUUCCAACAGGAAAACAGCUGGAGCCCUUAGUUGCGCCUCUGGCGGAUGGCAAAGUGGCUGUGGGUCAGGAUGACCUCACCGUGGUGCUCAAUGCGGAGGGGAUCUGCACGCAGAAGUGCGCCCUGAACUGGACGGACAUACCGGUGGCCAUGGAGCACCAGCCUCCCUACAUUAUUGCCGUGUUGCCUCGAUACGUCGAGAUCCGAACACUUGAGCCCAGGCUCCUGGUGCAGAGCAUUGAACUGCAGAGGCCCCGCUUCAUUGCUUCGGGAGGAUCAAACAUCAUCUACGUGGCCAGCAAUCAUUUUGUUUGGAGACUCAUUCCUGUCCCCAUGGCAACCCAAAUCCAACAGCUUCUCCAGGACAAGCAGUUUGAAUUGGCCUUGCAGUUGGCCGAAAUGAAAGAUUAUUCCGACAGUGAGAAGCAGCAACAGAUCCAUCACAUCAAGAAUUUAUAUGCCUUCAACCUCUUCUGCCAGAAGCGCUUUGAUGAGUCCAUGCAGGUGUUUGCGAAGCUUGGCACAGAUCCCACCCAUGUGAUGGGCCUGUACCCCGACCUGCUGCCCACUGACUACAGGAAGCAGCUGCAGUACCCGAACCCACUGCCUGUGCUCUCCGGGGCUGAACUGGAGAAGGCUCAUUUGGCUCUGAUAGACUACCUGACACAGAAACGAAGUCAGUUGGUGAAGAAGUUAAAUGACUCCGACCACCAGUCUAGCACCUCCCCACUGAUGGAAGGCACGCCCACCAUCAAGUCCAAGAAGAAGCUGUUGCAGAUCAUUGACACCACGCUGCUCAAGUGCUACCUGCAUACGAAUGUGGCCCUGGUGGCCCCCUUGCUGCGGCUGGAGAACAAUCACUGCCACAUCGAGGAGAGCGAGCACGUGCUGAAGAAGGCACACAAGUACAGCGAGCUGAUCAUCCUGUAUGAGAAGAAGGGGCUUCACGAGAAAGCUCUGCAGGUCCUGGUGGACCAGUCCAAGAAAGCCAACUCCCCCCUGAAAGGCCACGAGCGCACCGUCCAGUACCUCCAGCACCUGGGCACAGAAAACCUGAAUUUGAUUUUUUCCUACUCAGUGUGGGUGCUGAGAGACUUCCCAGAGGACGGCCUCAAGAUAUUUACCGAAGAUCUCCCAGAGGUGGAGUCUCUACCACGAGAUCGGGUGCUUGGCUUCUUAGCAGAGAACUUUAAAGGCCUGGCUAUACCUUAUCUGGAACACGUCAUCCACGUUUGGGAGGAGACCGGUUCUCGGUUCCACAACUGCUUGAUCCAGCUGUAUUGUGAGAAGGUGCAAGGGCUGAUGAAGGAGUACCUCCUGUCCUUCCCCGCAGGCAAAGCUCCUGUCCCGGCGGGAGAGGAAGAGGGCGAGCUGGGAGAAUACCGGCAGAAGCUCCUUGUGUUCUUGGAGAUUUCCAGCUACUACGAUCCCAGCAGGCUCAUCUGUGACUUUCCUUUCGAUGGCCUCCUAGAAGAACGAGCCCUCCUCCUGGGGCGCAUGGGGAAGCACGAGCAAGCCCUCUUCAUCUACGUGCACAUCUUGAAGGAUACCAGGAUGGCUGAGGAGUACUGCCACAAGCAUUACGACCAGAACAGAGACGGCAACAAAGACGUCUAUCUGUCCCUGCUUCGGAUGUACCUAUCACCCCCCAGUGUUCACUGCCUGGGGCCAAUCAAGCUGGAGCUGCUGGAGCCGCAAGCCAACCUCCAAGCCGCCUUGCAAGUCCUCGAGCUGCACCACAGCAAGCUGGAUACCACCAAGGCCCUCAACCUCCUGCCAGCCAACACUCAGAUUAAUGACAUACGCAUCUUUCUGGAGAAGGUCUUGGAAGAAAACGCACAAAAGAAACGGUUCAAUCAAGUGCUCAGGAACCUUCUCCAUGCAGAGUUCCUGAGGGUCCAGGAAGAGCGGAUUUUACACCAGCAGGUGAAAUGCAUCAUCACAGAGGAGAAGGUGUGCAUGGUGUGCAAGAAGAAGAUAGGGAACAGCGCAUUUGCAAGAUACCCCAAUGGUGUGGUCGUGCACUACUUCUGUUCCAAGGAGGUGAACUCGGCUGACACCUGAGCCCAGCAUGCCAAGGACCGAAGACGGACAGCUGCCAUCCCAGAGGAUGAAGGAGCACCGGCCUUGGGGCCUGGGGGGCUGCCACCCCCUGGUGUCUCAUUUGCACACUCCUGGACACCUGGGGCCCUGGAGCAUCUCUGAACCAAUCAGACUCGUGGUCAGGCAUGGCCAGCUUUUUUUUAUAGCAAAAAGGGAUUCACUGUACAUUACACAUUACGUUGUGGGCAAUUCCGGAUACUUUAUUCACUACGCACUAGGACAGGAGGAGGUGAGGGUGCUGCACCAGCUUGCCUUUGCAUGCCAGCCCCCUGGAGGAGGGCACCUAAGUGUUUGUAGCCAUGGGCAGUUUCUUAAGUUUUUCCAAGCGCACCACACCAUGGGAGAGACCUGGGAGAGAACAGGGUGAUGGUAUGCACACAGCGACCUCCUUCCUAGCUGAUGGCAGGCAGGUAACCUGUGGUGUCUGUGCCCUGUGUGUGUGUGUGUUGGGGUUGGGGGUGGGGGUAAGUAAUUGCCCCUCCCACGCCGCUUUGUUUUUCAAUCUCUCCCCUUUCUAUUUAUUUUCUCGUGCGUCCCGCACAGGCGCAGUGUCCCGUGUCGCUAACCGCAGGCAUAAGGAGUGUUUCAAGGAGGAGGAGCCGUGGGCAGCUCCCUUCUUUGGAGCGCGUCCACUGGCUGGUCUUGGCGUGGCGCUGCCAAUAGGCCAGCUUGGGAGGGCCCCCUCUGCUGAGCCGCCUCAGAGAGCACGCCUCUCUGCGCAGGAGCAUUCUUCAGUCACCUUUUUAUCUGCCCACACCCCUAGGGCCAAGACUGGGCCACCAUGGCCCCUGGCCCAGGACCUCAUCGGCCAGCAGCUCGCUCAGCUCAGGCCAGCAGCUUUUUCCGAGCAGAGGGCGCCAGCCUCUCUUUCCCCGGCCGCUUCCCAUCUACUUCCUUCCAGCCUGGGCUGGCCAGGCCUGGCCUACGGUUCUGUAGCUUGCUUUUGCAGGGCCCUGUAGCUUGCUUUUGCAGGGCCCGAGGGAUGUGGUGAGCCUUUGUAAGCAGGCAGGUCACAUGAGGAGGAGUUUACCACUGUGUGGUUUCAGUGUGUGGGUGAGGCUCUCUCGGGGACAGUAAGAGGAGCAGCAUGUGGGCUUUCUCAAACAGCUCAGUGCCAGGCCUGUUUGGCCUGGGUUGGGGACCAGCCUCCCGCAGUGGCCUCGGGUGCAUCUUGUGGCGUUUCCACUAGCCCUGGAGGCUGAGCUAACCUGGGGCGGCGGGCCCUGCUUCCCACUCUCCCCAGGGUGUCCGCAGCUCUGUGGGGCCCUGUACCUCGCCUAAGAGUGAGGGUGGGGGCCGGGGCCCAGCGUCAGCAGCGUGCGGGGUAUUUCUUAAACCACAGCGCCGGUCCUUCUGUGUCCUUAGGUGUAGGCAGGCUGGCUGGGGCAGCUGCAGAUAAGAGACGGGCACCUCCUGGACGCGUCUCCGCGGAGACCACGGGCUGGGGCGAGAUGUGGGAAGGACAGGACGCUUGGGGCAACAUUCUGUGAGAGCCCCCGCCCCAACUGGUGCUGCGGGACUGCGGUUCGGUUUGUGCCACCUGAGCUGUGCUGCCUCGGGUGCAGGGAACCUCCAGGCCGCCGGCUUUCAGCUUUACACCAGAAGCUCCGCCCCACGCCGAGGCCCCGCCUUCCUGGUCCGCAGCUUCGGCAGCAUCCUCAUCUUCACGAACCACGUGGCGGAUGGGACCAAGACCACGUGGUCUGGUCCCUGCUGCUGUGCAUGAGCACCUCACCACCUGCCCAAGACUCGGGCCUGCCUGGAGCUGCGGAGGAGCUGUAAUGAGGCCUCCCCAGGUCUUGUAGCUGCCCCUCAUCUAAGAAUAGUAAAGCAAGGAGCCAAGCCGCUGUGUGUCACGUUUUAAUCGACUGUGGAGCGUGGUAAUAGCAACGGCAGAAUGAGUGAUUUAAGAAUUGAGGAUAAUAAGCCAAUUCACAACGACUAAGACAGGAAAAAAUGUCCGUGCUCACGACAGGUUGCAGCUAGCAAGAACUGUGCUGAGGACCUAACUUUCUCUCUGUUGCCUUCUGGGGCCUCUAAGUGAGAUGCUCCGUGCUGCAGCAUGCAAUUUGCUGAUGCGCUGGUUUUCCUUUUCAUGCCCGAGGCAAAGAUGGCCUUUAUAAAGAUGCUGAUAAUAAAAGACUUAAUACUGAGGGGGGAAACAUAUUCGAUGUGUGUCAGAACCUUAAGUCUGGCCCAAAGGGAGUCACUGGAACAGAAUCCCAUCCCAAGCCAGGAGCUGCCUGUACCACGCUCCUAUUGCCUAUCACGUACUCUGUCUAGAUUUGUGCAGUUCAGUAUGGUGACUGUUAGACACAUGUCGAACGGUCAUUUGAGUGUAAAUAAAGUUUUGGAUUAAGUUC